AUGGUUGAAGAUGUUCAAACGUUGAAUGGCAAGCAUUUGCCUCAGAUAAAGACUUCAAAAGACUACAAAGUUAGUCAAAAAAUCUCCAUCGAUGCUGGAAGCCGUAUUUCCACAGUGAUUGACCAGGCUUUCCAUCGACCGAAUUUUGCUACGGAUGCUGUGGGAAUCACGCUCAGAGAAGUGCAACGACUAAGCAGUCGAAUGCCUGUUUUAUUCGCGGCAGACGAAUUUAAUGGCUUUUUCUGGAAAACGUCGCUUAAGAAUCCAGAAACGAACGAUUGGUUGAAACCGCGAGACCUCAGCAUGGUUCAUCAUUUUAGAAAACUGUUCAUACAGAAAUCUUCUUUGGGACGCGGAAGUUAUGUUCUAGCCUUGUCGAGGAUUGGAAUGGAAAAGGCAUUCUGUUCAAGUUACAAUCAUGUUCAUCUAUUGAGUCAACAGGGUCUGUCUCUUAUCGGCUCAUACGAACCUGUUCAAGUCUGUGAAUACGAUAACGAUGAACUAAUGCAAGGUCUAAAAUAUUACAAAUUGAAAGGGUUGUUUUCAAGAGAUUUCAAUCACAGUCAAACUUUUCAAGAGGUUGCAUUCCUAACAGAUCGUCGACCGUCGUUGGUUCAAAAAAUAUGUUUUUCGUAUUAGUUAGCGAAGCAUGAGUAACCUACGUGAAGGUACAUUUGAGUACACAGAUGGUACAUAAUGUUACCUGAUGCUAAAACGCAUGUACAGAAGGGGAUAUUGUCUGAACGACUAUCUAAAGCGUUUGCAUAAUCAAGAGCGUUUCCAAGGACAUUGACU